UUACAAGCUUAUGGUUUUAGAAUAAAACAGAUUAAUUAAUAAUUGAAGUACAAAUUGAUAUAAAUAUAGUUCUGAAUUUGUAGUUUCUUAUGAAAAAAAAAAAAUAUAAAAAUCAAAGAUUUAAUUAAAUGAAAUAAAAUAAUGAGAAAAAAAUAUAAAUAAUUACAAAUAAAAAUAAAAUGAGUUCAUAAAAAGCAAUUAAAAAAAAUUAAGUUGUAUGGGCUAAAUUAAAAGGUUAUCCUUGGUGGCCAUCAUUUGUAUAAUUUGUUGGAAAAUAGGAAAUAAUUGUUAAUUUUUUAGGCGAGAAUUCACAUGCAACUCUCAAAUUUGAUUAAGUAUAAGACUUCAAGCAAUAUUAUAAUUAAAAUGUUAAAGGUAUGAAUAUUAAAAAUAAAAAACUGAUAAAUGCAAUAUAUGCUGGAUAACGUAUAAUAGAAGGCAAAUCAACUUUUGAAUAAGAGCAAAAGAAUGUGAUAGACAAAAAUAAUAACUAGGUAUUUUUUUUAUUAUUUAGCAAUAAACAUUAAAAAAUUUUAAAUAGAAUAAAAAAGAUAUUGAUAAUCUUACUGAAUUAAUUGUUGAGGAUAUCAAUUUGUAUUCUUCUUUUAAUUAAACAAGUUCUAUAAUAAUUGAAGAUAUUCAAAAUUAAGAAAAAAGCAAUAAAAAGCAAACUUAAAAAAAUUAAAUUAAAAAAUCUAAAUAUUUAAAUAACUUAAAAGUUGGAUAAAAAACAUACAGCAAAUUUUAAAAUAAAAAUUAAAGCAAAAAAAAUUACAAAAAAAAUAAAAUAGAACUUCAAAUAUUAAAUGAAGAUUUAAACAUUUCUAACUUGAAUAUAAUUUAAAGCAUUGAAAAUAAUUCUUAAAAUCUUUAAAAUCGAAAAUUUAAUAAUUAAAAAUCUUUUGAAUAUCCAAAA